CCGCGCGGUCCGCACGUGCGUCUAGCGUGCCUUCACAUCGCCCCACAGUUUCCGAACGAACCUCAAAUUCCACAAAAGUGCAAAUACAAAACAUUCACUGAAACUCACUGUGAUCAAAGUUUGUGAACGACGACCAGGAUACGACGUUGCGUCACGUCGUACUGUGUAAUGACUCCAGUGCUCUAUCAAUUAAAGUUGUAAUUGUAUAAUUUUUCUUCCUCUAUAGAUUAAUUAGAUCUUACAUAGAACCGGAAGGUAUUAAAUUAAUGAAUGGAAUUAAUUAAAACCACUACGUUUCGUUAAAUGGAAUACAUAUAUGGCAGUUAACUGAAUACAUAAAUGCGACCUGAAAACCUCGAGUCGCCGCUGUCAGCACCACGCGACUCCAAGAAUAGCAUAUACGCUAUGAAUGAUCAGACUUUUCACACCCCAUCAUUUGGCGACGAAGAGUUCGAUAUUCCCCUCAUUCACGGACAGCAUGCGACUGGUGGCAGCGUGCAGAACUCAGCGCACAUUCAGUAUACGCAGCUUCACCAUACAGCCCCUCAGGUGGGUAUGAUGAAUCCGGCUCAAGACGGACUAGCACCGCCGGGCGGUGCACCUUCUUACCAGCAACCUCUUUAUUUACAAGAACCCCAUACACCUGUUACGUCGCACAGUGGGGCAGGUGCCCCUGCUGGUAACUACAUGAUCCAGCAGCAACCUGGUGGUCAGCAGCGGCUGCUGAUGAUGCAACCCAGCCAAGUGAUGAGUGGCCCACCCACACCCAGUACUCCCACUCAACCCUCAGCACCUGUAUAUGGAUCCCCACAACGAGCGUCACCACCAGGCACAACUAGUGAUGAUUCAGAUGACAGUGUGCCUUCACAUCAUUCCCAGUUGCCUGGUGAUGCGGAAAGCCUUCUGCCUAUCCAUUAUUGCUCAGCGAGCCGGCAGCAACAAACUACGCUUCAUCAGAUGGGUGUAAGCAGUAUGGGAGUAAAAAGGUCUUCUCCAGAACCCAUGGAUAAUGGAAUGAAUCGGGGACAAAUGCAGAAAAAACCUAAAGUUCAAAAGAAAAAGAAGAAGAGAGAUCCAAAUGAACCACAAAAACCAGUGUCAGCAUAUGCACUAUUUUUCCGGGACACACAAGCAGCAAUAAAAGGACAAAAUCCCAAUGCAAGUUUUGGAGAAGUUUCAAAAAUAGUUGCAUCCAUGUGGGAUGGUCUUGAUUCAGAACAUAAAAGUGUUUACAAACAGAAGACCGAAGUGGCCAAAAAGGAGUAUCUCAAAGCACUUGCUGCAUACAGAGCUAGCUUAGUUUCAAAGGGAGGUGAACAGGAGAACCAGACCAUGUAUAAUCACAACAAUAGUGCCAAUUCAAAUUAUGGUAAUUAUUACCAGGGGCAAACAUAUGGAAAUGGUCACUCACCUCAAGGAUUUGUGCCAAACAGUGUGCCUCAAGGCUAUUCGCCACAAAACUACCCUGGAGGCCAACCACAGCCCGCUUACCCUGGCCAAACUCCACAAGGAUACCCUGCUAAUCCCCAACAAUCACCUCAAAACUAUCAAGGCAAUAUGGCCCAUGCACCACAAAAUUACCAGGGUGUUCCGGGUCAAUCACCCCAGAGUUAUCAAGUAAACCCUGGCAACUCACCCCAAGGCUGUCAGCCCAGCCUUGCACAGUCUCCACGAAGUUAUCAGCCAGCGCAGUCGCCAUCUAACUACGCUGCAAAUUCAGGCCUAUCACCACCGGGUUACAGACAAGUACAAUCGCAGUCCCCACCCAUGGGGUCUGUUCACCCUGCCAUGCAGUACCAUCAUUCCCAACAGCAAAUGCAGCAAGCUCAUCAACAAAUGCAACAGGCACAUCAGGUACAACAGUAUCAGCAACAACAACAACAGCAGCAGCAACAACAACAACAACAGCAGCAGCAACAACAACAGCAGCAGCAGCAACAACAGCAGCAGCAGCAACAACAGCAGCAGCAACAACAACAGCAACAACAACAGCAACAGCAGCAGCAACCACAGCAACAACAAAUCCCUGGACAAGUGCCAAAACCUGAACAUUCUCCAAAUAGUAACGGCAGCUCUGGCAUGCCACAGCAGUCGCCUGAUCAAAAUGAAAACAGAAGUACACCCUCAUGUAUCCGACAAGGCUGUACAAACCCAGCCAUAGCCAAUAGUGAAUGGGAAGAUGAAUAUUGUUCCAAUGAAUGUGUAGUCAGCCACUGCAGAGAUGUCUUCAGCUCUUGGGUAGCUUCCAACAGCAGCAACCAGAUGCAAAAUUUUUCCGCAGUGAAGUAAACUAUCUGUACAUAUCAAGAGUAGUUACUAAUAGAUAAAUUACUCUUUCAAGUUUAUAUUGAGUCUAGAAGUACAUUGUGAAAUAUUAGUGUAAUUAUUUUCAUUUGUUACAGUACCUAAUAUCUUUUGUUUGAGUGUUUUAUGCCCUCAAUGGUUUAUAUGCCUCUAAAGUUAUAGAUCUGCUUAAGACGCGUAGUUAUGAAACGACGCACUAGACUAGAUUGAAAUUCUAGCAUAGUUUCAAACCUAAACUUUAGUUUGAAACAAGUCGAACAUUAUUAUCGAACAGGCCUUAUGUGGAUUAUAUGGGAGACAAUGAUUUCUUUUUUCAAAAACUUUCUUUGUUGAUUUCUAUACAUAUUUUGUAUUGUAUUUUUUGCAUGACGUGGAAGUAGUCUUUAUUUAUUUGCUAAAGCAUAUUAAGCAAAAAUGUAAAGGAAUAUGUACUAGGCCUACAUAAUGAUCAGGCUAAAGCAAAGCUAGUGUUAAAACUAAAAUGUAAUUCUCCUUAGUAAUUAUGUUUUUAUUAGCUGAAAAUACUAGAUAGUAAUUUCAACUCAUUUGUAAAUUAUUUUAACAAAAUAUAACUAAGGCUUGUGUGAAUAAAAUAUUUAUACACGAAUAGUGUUUCAAAAGCAUUUACAAGCUUUUAUUUCGUUUAAAUAUUAUGAACAAACAAACUCUACAUUAACCUCGUUAAUAAAGCAAUCCUUGCCUUAAAUAUGGUUAUGUAAUAUUUAAUUAUAGGUAUCUAGAUUUAAGCUCGAAUAAAGCACGAUGAUGCAUAUUAGCAAUGAAAAACUUGUAUUAAUAAUACCUUUCAGUAUUUAUUAUUGAUUCAAAAUCAUUGUUUAUAAACUAGCAUUUAUUACGUUGUAAUAUAAUCCAUUAAAUAUUAUAUAAUGGUUUAAGAUUAGUUGCUGUAAGAUUAUCUGUUUUAAUACUUGAUCAUGCGUGUAAGCAGGCAUUAGAAAAACCAUAAUCGAGUCCUCAAAUCGUGCUGUCGUCAAAGUGAAAAGGAAAAAAUACGACCAUAACAUAAUAAUACUUUAUGUUAAAAACUAGUUUUUUUGACUUGGACGGUUAGAUAAAUUGUUGAUUUCGAUAUACUAAAUCUUAAAAAUAUCAAAGUUCCAACUAUGUAGCAUAGGUACAUAAGUAUAAGAUAGCAACAUUUACUUUCCUACAGACCUGUGUUUAGUAUUAUAGGAUUUAGCUGGACCAAAAUUUUCUUUAUUCAAAGCAAAACUAUUUUAGAAUAUUUGAUAAACUCUAAGUUUUAUGUAUAGGUAUUAAAUAUAUUAUUACAAUUGUAAAUAAACACAUGCAAUAAUAGCAGUAGGUACCUAGCAGUAGAAAAUACGUGAGACAUAAUUUCAAACUUAUGUUAUUUAUUUCGUAAACCUGUUAGAUACAAUAUAGCAUCAAAAUAAUCUUUUAAAAUGUAAAAUAAAAAUGUAUAAAA